AUGACUAAACAGCUCCAAAUGGUUUUUCUAAUGAACGUCACAUUAUACCUUAAAACAGCUGACACACUUUUUAACUUUAUUUUAAUAAACAAGAAGUGUCAAUUGACAGUCAAUUCUUUACACGUCAAUCCCGCUUUUAAUGAAUUAUAUGAUCUCCAAUGGUUUUUAAAGAACUUUACAGUAGACACCGUAGACCUCAAUUAUCUCGAUGUCCCAUUACAAUUACUUGCACUUCCAAAACGCAUUCGUCGAUACCAAUCGUCUCAACAAAGUACACCGAAGAGUAUAAUUUCUAAAUUAGAAAGUAUUGGGUCAGACGAGUUUGCUGAAUUAUACAAAACAUCUGUGACAUCGUCUGUUGAAGAAGGAGUUCACAAUCUCUGUGAAUACAUGGAACAUGUUGUAUCAGUCCGAUGCGUCUAUUUCUACAUGAAAUGUUUUACUGAAAAUUUCAUCCUCCAAAAAGUCGACAAAAAGUAUUACCCGAAGUUCUUCUAUCUGAUUGACUCGCAGCCACUUGAAGAAAAAGAUUUUAUUUAUUUGGAAAACAUUGCAAAAAAAUUUGACUGCAAAUUUGUUGUGAUGUUUGACAGGGACUUUGAAAUUUUCAGAACUUUUAAAAACGUUUUUUUCUUUGGAGAAAAAAUUUCACUUGAAAAAGUAGAAUUUCUCAUUCCUUCUUUUUUUAGUGUGACAAUUAUAGUGGACAACACGUAUAAUGCGAAACUUAAAGAUCUUGAAAAGAUUGAAGAAUUUGUAAAGAACUAUUGUGUAUAUAAGUUAACAAUAACAACAUAUCGCAGUGAUAAUGGAGAUAAUAAUAAAAAUGUCACAAAAUUGGGCGAGUUGGAAAGUGUUGAAAUUUUAAAUAUAGAAAACAGUAAAGUUGUUUUGAGUAAUAAACUAAAAGCAAAAAACGUUCUUCUUUAUAAUACAAAAUGCAUUUCUGAAAAUGCAAUAGUAAGUGUUGACUACCUUUCAAUGGAAAAUUCAGAAUGUAUAACAGUAAAUAAUUGUAACAAAUUUGGAAUUAAUGAAAAUGAAGAAAAUGACAAAAAUAAAUUUGAAUGUGUUUUAUAUAAAAACAAUUUGUCAUUUCCAUUCGUGAAUAUCACAGAAUUGUUUUUAAGUGAUGUCCGUCACUUUACACUUCCUGUUUUAACCAAACUUGAAAAACUCACUAUAAUUCACUGUGCAGAUUCUAUUUUUAAUAUUACAGAAAAAACAAUUUCAAAUAUGUGCUUGCGAGAUUUGGAAAACAAUUUGUUUGUGUUUUAUAACGAAACAGGAAGAGAAAUGUGUCUUCAUGAUUUGAGUAAUAACAGUGUUAAAAUCAAAAACAAAAAUUCGAUACCCCUUUCCCUUGUUUUUAGAUAUUGCAAUAAUAUCAAAGUGUUCUGUGAAGUAAUUAAAAUUGUAUUUUUAUAUAACUCCGAUAACAUUGUUUUUGUUGAUGCACAAAACAUUGGAGAAUUCGUGACAACAAAAUCUUCUUCAGUAUUUUUGGAUCAAACACAAAUUGAAAACUUUGUGGUGGCAAAAACUUUCGAUUUUAAAAGUUUUACGUAUACAAACAAAGUCAAAACGUUUACAUUUUUAAACAUUCACGAUUAUAAGCUGAGAGAAACAUUGAAUUGUGAAACUGUGCAAAUAUUAUACAAAUUCAUUGUUGCUGAAGAAUGUUUAGAAAUCGACUUUUCGAAACAAAUUAUGACAAAAGUACUUUCGAGUGAUAAUGUUAAUAUAAAAAAUGCAAGAGAUUGUCAACUCUAUUUUUGUUAUGGAGUUCUCAAAACACUUAAAAUAGAAAAUUUGAAAUGUUGUACGUUUGAACCCGUUGAUUUGAGUUUGUCUCAUUUAGAAAUAAACAAUUGUUCAUUUCAAAAGACACCCAAAUCUAAUCACAAUCGUCACUCGUCUAAUUUUGGAGUUAUUAAAGUGAACACAAUUGUUAUCCAAAAUAGCGAAAAUAUCUCACUUAAACUUACAGAAGAUGUUGUCCAAAAAGUUGGGAUUGUCAAUUCGGACGUUUUGUUUCAAAUUAAAUACUCUAAAGAUGAUUAUGUCAAAGCUUCUCAAAUUUACGUCAGAGAAAUGCAGUUGAAAAAUUCGACGUGUUUAUGUCUAAAUUUCCAAAUUGGAAAAGUCGUUUUAGACUUUUCGGCGUAUAAAAUUGGCGAUGAAAAGUGCAUUUGUUUGCCUUCCAAAGUUUUUCACGUUGAAAACUUGAAAAACGAAAAAGUCGAAUUUAGACGAAUUGAAAAAGUCGACAAAUUGAUUUUUUCAAAUUGUUCAAAUUGUGAAUUUGUAUUUCCGUUAAUAUCUUCUUUUCAAAUUGAAAGUGCCACGUGUGACCACGUUAAGAUAUUUAUUCCUCAAAAUUGCAAUACAUUUUCAGAUCAAAAUAACACGUCAAAUGGUGUAACAAUUACUCAUUCGGAUUUUCCACCAGUUUUUGAUCAAAUUUUUCAAUAUACAAAAAGCAGAAGAAUUUUUAAUAAACACUAUGAAAGAAUACCACGGAUCAUUAAAGAAAUCAAACAAUUCAUAAUAAAGCCGCAUUUGUAUGAUGAACUUGAAGCGUCUUUUUAUAUUGAAAUAUAUCAAAAAUAUAUAGUAAACAAUUUUGGUGAUAAUCUGAUAAAAAAGUU